CUUGGACACAAGUGCUACUGGAAAGUUUCUGUGCCUGGUUCACUGGCGGAGCUUGGAAGUGGUGGGGAGAAAGGAGAGAGCAGCUAAAAUUCAGGAUUCCACAUCUAAAGAAGACAGAACCCUGUACCUGCCUGCCUACCCAAGUCUCUUGCUGGUGCUGUUAGUGGCUCUGGGUCUAAGACUCCAACCUUCAGUGCUCGACUACCAGUCUCUAGGACUUCUGCCUUUUCUAGACCCAUCCAGUUGAGUGAGCCCCGGGUGUUGUUGCACCUGAGAGUGAGGACUGGGUGGUUAGCAACAAAGCAAGAGCCCUCUGGGGCCUUUGGCAGAGGCCCGAAACUGGAACCAUCAGGGAAUAUGAGUGAAUUUUGGCACAAACUGGGCUGCUGUGUGGUCGAGAAGCCCCAGCCGAAGAAGAAGAGGAGACGGAUUGACCGCACCAUGAUUGGGGAACCAAUGAAUUUUGUCCACCUGACUCACAUCGGUUCUGGGGAGAUGGGGGCUGGAGAUGGACUUGCCAUGACAGGUGCAGUUCAGGAGCAGAUGAGAUCCAAGGGAAACCGAGACAGACCGUGGAGCAGUUCGAGGGCCUUGUAGUUCCCAUAGGACUGGUUCUGCAGUCUUGGAGUUCCUAUUCCGUGUCCAGCCCAGAAGAAAUGCCACCAUCACCAGAUUCCUUCUUCAACCAGUGACCCAAGGACCCCUCUCUCCGACAAGUGCCUCAAAAAGGCGUGGGGGGCUGGACUCCCUCUACUCCCUCUGGCCUCUACCCCUCCUGGAGAUGGGGUCAAGGCAGCAGGACUGACCAUGUGACUACUGUAGGCCAGCUGAAGCCCUGGACACCCUCAAUCUGAGCUGGGGGUUCUCUGGGAACCUGGAAUGUGUUCCCUGCUCCUGAAUGAAGGUUGGGUGCCACCUGUUUCAAACUUUGCCUUUGUUCUUUAAUUGAGGCAGGCAGGUGCGGGAAACAGCUGAACCUGGCUUUGCUGUGGCUCUCCCUGCUUUCCUGCCCUUUCUUUCCUUCUGGAAUGAGAUUGAGGGGCUGGGCGACCGAUGCCCACACCACUCCGAAUUUCAGACCUUACGCUCACAGCCCUGCCAUGUCUCUCUGCCAGCACCAGGGUCUUGCUCCAGUUAGACCUCCAAUCCCAUGCUUCUAUGGUAUUAAUAGCUUCCUAGAAAUAUUCUCUUUUAAUUAAUUAAAUUUUUAAUUUGAGUUUUUUAAUUACCCCCAUCCUUCUGCUAUCUCUGCCCUUGCCCCGUCCCUGAAAGGAACCUUACUGUUUUUUAAUUUGGAUCUUAAUUUGACCACAUUCCAUGUAAGACUUGGGGGUCCUGGCCCACCUUCUUGUCAGCCUCCCUGCUGGCCCAGGUGAGAGGAGGAGGAGGGUUCUGGAUUAAAAGCCAGGAUGUAGCAAAAUAA